UAUUUUUUCUUCUCCGAUUACGGAUAGACGACGACGGAUAUGGUGUUUUGGGGUAAUGCAAAGGUUGAGCUGUAUGGCGGUGUCUCUCUCGUCCCUUCCCUCCACGUAUUGUCUUGGCCACGGCGAAGAGUUCCGCAACUCGGUCGGAGGUUCGCAUGGGUCCCGAGCGAUGAACACGAGUCACCGACUCGGACUGAGGAGGAAAUUGGUCGUGACUUGUGCGGCCGAAGGGCCCGAGGAAAACACACCGUCGUGGGCGAAACCGGACUCGGACGAGCCACCUCCUUGGGCCAGAGAUGAAGGCCGACCCGGACGCACACAAGAAGGAACCUUUGAGAUUCCCUUCUUCGUCUAUCUCCUCGCCUCCACUAUCACCGCCAUUGCUGCUAUUGGUUCGGUAUUCGAGUACGUGAACAAGAAGCCGGUUUUCGGGGUAUUGAGCUCAGACAGCGUCUUCUACACUCCUUUGCUCGGAUUCUUCGCCAUCACGGGCAUCCCGACUUCCGCGUUCUUGUGGUUCAAAUCCGUGCAAGCUGCGAACAAGGAAGCAGAAGAACAAGACAGAAGAGAUGGGUUUCUUUAGACACCCCCAUCUACUUGUGUCCUCCAAUAUAUGCUUUGUUUUGAAGCAAUAAGAUCCAGAAAAAGCAAUCGAUGAAACAUUUUCACAUA